AUGGAUAUCCCUGAAAGGGACACCUCCAUGGCAGAACGGAGAAGCCGUACUUUCAGUUCGUCCGAGGAAUGGCAGCAAGCGUUGCAAGCGUUAAAUUCACCACCACAAUCCAGGUCAAUCAGCUCCAGACCAGAACAGGUGUUCCACCAUGCAGAACGCUACACACUGGGAAAUGCUGUGAAGGAUAUGGCCCGCGCUUUCCGGGAGCGUCACAUGGAAACUUCGUUGAAAAGGUUGCGAGCGUCGCCUGCUCUGAUUUUUCUGAAAGUCUGGCACACCUAUGGCAUUUGGGUUGGUGCUUGUGUAUAUUUUACAAUUUCGGCGAACUUGAUGCUCGCCUGGUACAUCGACUGGUAUCGACAAAGCGGCACGUACCGCGAGUCCCGCGGUGCUUCGCAGAUCUUUCACUUUGAUCUGGCGCCUUUCUUUGCAAUAUUUUGUCGAUCUUGGCUGCUGGUAUGUGUAGUCGGAGACUUGCUCCGCUUCUGCUACUUGUUGGCCAAAGAUGCAUGGGAGGAAGAUGCGUUUGUAACCUACAGACGGGUUGUCUGUGGUGAUUUCCAGCGAGAUCUCCAAGACGAGAUCGAGAAGAAGCCGCUUCGUUCCAGCCAAUGGUCUGUCGAGAUGUUGAGUUCUCCAGGCUGCCGCGCUUUGGAUGCGCUGCUCCAGAUCUCAAUCUACCUCGCCUUGGACGUGGUUCCAGUGGCUUGCUUUCUGAUUUCGUAUAUGGCCGAAGAAAGCUUUGAGAAUGCAACGGUUGCAGCAUCUGCCGGCCUCUCUGGCGGAAGCUGUAUCCACGCGUUCGUUUUCUUUCUCGCCAUGUGGGUCACUGACGUAGUUGCAAAAUGUCGUGGCUUCGUGGCGGCAUAUCGUGGUGAAGCUCGCCUGGCUCCGUGCGAGUAUCCAGGAGAGUCACUUCAAAACUUUCAGUGGGCCGGCGAGUUCGGAGACAGGCACCUGGCGAACUUGGAAGCUGCACGCUGCGUCUCCUUCGUUGAGGACUCCUUGGAUGGGCCCCCAGAUCGCUGCGUCUCGCCACGCAGUGACGGUGCCGGCGGUGGGGGAGUGUCACUGGGGAACCGAUCCGAUCCAAGUCCACCAUCCAGUGCUGCGACAUCAGAUGUUGCGAGAAGGUUGGGUGGAUCAGUACAUAUAGCUUCUGCAGGUGCUCUUGAUGUGCAGGAAUCCAGCUCCAGCGCGUUGCCACCCAGGUUGGACGGGCUUGCUCGCCCCCAGCGCAGAGAGACCGCCGGGUCCAUCGACACUGUUGCUGUCGCAGACCAGCUCAAUCUCUGUAUUCCGAUGUGUGUAUGCUUCAGCGGCACUUUGGCCCUUUGCCUUCCGCAUCUGCUGUGGGUGACCGUUGUGGUCGUAGGUUGGCAGGCGAGAAAUUGGGCGCUGGUUGGAGCCGGGGUUGCCCUGAUGGUAGUGACGGUUUGUCGUCGGCAAUGCGCAUCAGGUGGCCCACCCACCGGAGAGCGACCUUGCUUUCCUGGCGCAGGGUCGUGGGAGCUUUGGGCCUUGCAGGCGUGGGGUGAGCAGUAUUGCGGACUUCAUUCUGAAGUGCAGCAGUUGAGCACUGUAACCUUCGCAGUUGUGCUCCUUCUUCAGGGGAUCCUGCUGGCCACCCUGGGUCAAUGGGCAGGCAUGCUGGUCUGCCUCGGAAUGGUGCUCGUGACCUUUCUGCGGCAUCGCAUGGCCUACCGGGAGCGGCCUUGGGGUUGGCUGAUAGGAGUAUUGCUGGGGUUUGCACACGGCGUCGUGGCAACGGUACUGAACGCCGGGUUGGGCCAGCGAUGGGGAGUCAUGACCUUCAUGUUCGCUCUCGCUCACCAGCUUGGCUUGAGCCGACACAAUCCGCGCGGCUUCAACUUGGCUCGCUUCACGGCAGUACUCCUAAACGGCGUGCUGGUGAUCGUCGUUGGUGUCGUCGUUCUGUCCAUCGCGACUCAAAACGCUGACAGCAACUGGUCUGCGUUUUGCACGGAAGGGGAUGCCACCUGCAAGUACUACGAGGUGCCACUCUAUGCUUCCAAUAUGUCACUGCCGCUGGAAUGCGACCGACACUUCGGAUAUGGUAAGGAUGGGCAACAUUUGCUGAGUGUCAGCGACUUCGCCUUGUUCUCGGCCUUGGCCUACGAGUCUGAGGCCGGGGCGGCCGGGCCUGCAACGCUGCCAUCCCAGUCGCAGCACAGUGAAUUCGAUCCGCCGAUAUUUUCCUGGAUGGUCCACGAUCACCUCGUGUCAAUGCGACAAAUCUGGAGGGAGAAACCUCUGACUGGACUGGGUGCUGGCCGGGGUGGCAGGGAUCCUGCAGAUUCGGCGAGGACAUCCACACAUUCGAAUCUGCUGGUCUGGUCCUUUGGUUUCGGGGUGGUUCGAGAGCAGUUCGCCUGCCUGGUCAUGGAUGCCGAUCCCUGCGUCCACCCUGACCGUGCAUGCGAUGCAUUCGAUGCGCGAGAGCUCAGCAACAUCCAGAGCUGCCACGGCAGCGUCUGCCACGGCUGCCACGGCUGCCACGGCCACCACCUCCCCGCGAACUCCUGCGCCUUUGAGUGGAUUGUUAAGUUUCAAGAACGCGUGAUUCGAAGUGGGUAUCCGCACUUGGAUGCCUUGGUGGCCAUGUUGGCACUGUCUUCUUCCCCGGAGUGCCGCAGCCAAUCGCUUACAGCUGCGCUCAAACAGAAGAGGCGAGGUUGGAGUAGCGGUUGGACCACAGACAUUCUGGCACAUUGCGGUACAGAGCGAGCUGACAGCAUUGUGGACUUCCUGCGAGUGGCCCAUGUGCAGAGGAUCCCGAUCCAUUCGUUCCACUGCAUUAGAGCAAUGAGCUUGUGCUCCCAAGCCAGCUUCUGGCGCGAUGCACUUGAGAUAUUCUGGCUCUUCUCGAAGGUUUCCAGCCUUCAUCUCUUGGCCGCAAACUCCCAGCUUGCUGCUCUUGCAGAGGGAAGUCUGUGGCAGCUAGCUUUGCUCACUCUGCAGGAGAUGCAGGAUGCAAGCCUGCGGGCCACCACAGUCACCUUCAGUUCGGCAAUCAAUGCCUGUGCGAAAGCGGCAGCUUGGCAAAGAGCCCUGCAACUAGGCGUUGACAUGGCGAGACAGAGCGUUUCGAGGAAUUCCAUUGCCUACAAUGCCAUGAUGACCAGCUGUGCAAUGAGUGCAAAGUGGGCAGAGGCAUUGUCUCUAUUUGCUGAGAUGCUUUCCGCCGGAGUUGCGAGGACAAGCAUUUCAUACAAUGCAGCUAUUACGGCGUGUGAAAGAGCAGCUGAUUGGAAGGCUGCGCUGUACUUGUUCGGCCUUUGCCUUCGAAGUGGUGGAGCAGAUGUGAUAAGUUGCAGCGCGGCGAUUAGUUCCUGCGAGAAGGCCGCUCAAUGGCGCCAGGCCCUUUGCCUGCUUGAGAUCUGGCGGACCACCUACUUCGAGUUUUGGGAUCCUGAGAACUCCACGAUCGUGUUCGCCAUUCGGGGAACCAACUCCAUGCUGGAUGUUCUGGACGACCUGAACAUUUGGGGUCCUGCUGCAAUCAUGCAAGCCUUCAGCUUGGCCGGUCCUUCCCUCUCCAGUGCAGUGGCCGAGUCCGUGGCGCUGCUGUCCACGGUGAUGUAUGGCGAAAGCAUGCAGAAGCAGUACUUCUCCAACUUGCUGGCACAUGUUCGGAGUCGCACGACUCAGCUCCCAGACAGGAGGUUCUACAUCACAGGCCACUCCUUGGGCGGAGGUUUAGCAAAACUCGUUGCCGCCAAGACCCACAUGCAGGCCGUGACCUUCAUGGCUCCGGGUCUUGGCACCACAAGCUACGUCGUGUACAGGGAGCACCUGCUCGAGGAUCUUCGACAUAUCGCGCUAACAAUCAUGCCCGAGAACGACGUGGUGUCAAGGGUGGACACACAGACCGGCAUCACCGUCAAGACUGACUGCGAUGGAAACCCACUGCAUUGUCACCAGCUAUAUCCCACAAUCUGCACUCUGCUGCAGACUUGUGGGUCUGGCAGAGCUGGGGAUGCUGCUUUGGCGCUUCCCUGCGGUGCGUGCGACAACAUGCCAUGUCCAUCGGCACACCUCAGACCUCGCAAGGCAUCGCCAUAG